AAAUCGGACAUGUCUGAAGGUGCCAAUACCAAACAGCAACCUCUAAAAACCUUAUCUUUAAUAUUAUUAUUAUUAUUUAUUGAGCAUUUCUGAGACAUACUGCGUAUGAACACCUUUGAUAUUCACUAACAGAAAAGCAAUGGCACAGUCUUUACCAACAUUAUCAAAGCGACCAGCAGAGACCAGGAGAUGCAGUAAAGAUGAACCUCCAUCUCUGUCAUCCUCCAUGAGUCCUCUGUUUGAGGAGCUUCAGUGUUCGGUGUGUCUGGAUGUGUUCACUGAUCCCGUCAGCACUCCAUGUGGACACAACUUCUGUAAGAGCUGCCUGAACUCGAGCUGGGAGAACAGUCAGGUCUGUAGCUGUCCAUUGUGUAGAGAAAGAUUCAGCGAUAGACCUGACUUGAAGAUCAACACAGGGCUUAGACAGCUUGGCCAACUCUUUAAGGAAAGGUUGACCUUGAGAAUAUCUGGGGUUCUCUGUGACAUCUGUGAAGGGAGAAAGAUGAAAGCCCUGAAGUCCUGUUUGACAUGUCAGACUUCAUACUGUGAAACUCACCUGGAGCCUCAUCUGAGAGUCCCGAACUUCAAGAAACACAAACUGAUGGAGCCUGUGAAGAAUAUAAAGGACUACAUAUGCCAGAAACACGAGAGACCUCUGGAGCUGUUCUGUAGAGAUGAUCAGAUGUGUGUUUGUGUGUUUUGCACUGAUGGAGACCACAAGACUCACAACACUGUUCCUCUAGAGGAGGAGAGUAAAGAGAAGAAGAUUCAGAUGAUAAAGACUCAAACAGAUGUGCAGCAAAUGAUCCAGGACAGAGUCAAGAAGAUUCAAGACAUCGAACACUCAGCAGACCUCAGAAAGAAAAGCACAGAGCGAGAGAAAGCAUCCAGGUUACAACUCUUCAGUGAUUUAAUGCGCUCCAUUGAGAGAUGUCAGGCCGAGCUGCUGGAGAUGAUGGAGGAGAAGCAGAAAGCAGCAGAGAAACAGGAUGAAGAGCUGAUUCAAGAGCUGCAGCAGGAAAUCAAUGAGCUCAAGAUGAGAAGCUCUGAUUUGGAUCAUCUCUCAAGCACUGAGGAUCAUCUUCAGCUUCUACAGAUUUACCCAUCCAUAUGCAGCCCACCAAACCUCAAGAACUGGCCUGAAAUCAGUAUGAACACUGAUGUGAGCUUGGAGACUCUGAGGAGAGCUCUGACUCAACUGCAGGAAACUCUGGACCAGAAACUCAGUCAAACAGUGUUGAAGAGGAUGCAGCACUAUGCAGUGGAUGUAACUCUGGAUCCUGAUACAGCUAAUCCAUUUCUCAUCCUGACUGAUGACGGGAAACAAGUGACACAUGGAGACACUAACCAAAAUCUCCCAAACAACCCACAGAGAUAUGAUCAAUGCAACACUGUCCUUGGAAAAGAGGGAUUCUCCUCGAAGAGAUUUUAUUUUGAGGUGCAGGUGAAAGAAAAGACUAAAUGGGAUUUAGGAGUGGCCAGUGAAUCUGUUAAGAGGAAGGGAAAGAUCACACUCAGUCCUCAGCACGGAUACUGGGCUGUGGGUCUGAGGAAUUCUGAUGUGUAUUGGGCUUUUGAUGCUCCAGCUGUCCGUCUGUCUGUAAGAGAAAAACCGCAGAAGGUUGGUGUGUUUGUGGAUUAUGACGACGGGCUGGUCUCCUUCUAUGAUGUUGAGUCAAGAUCUCACAUCUACUCUUUCACUGGACAAUCUUUUACAGAGAAACUCUAUCCUUUAUUCAGCCCAUGCAUUAAUGAUGAAGGUAAAAAUUCAGCACCGCUGAUCAUCUCAGCUGUUAAAUCCAUUGAAUAAUUGCACACUCAAAAUACAGUAACCGGCCACUUUAUUAGGUACACCUUACUAGUACUGGGUUGAAUGCCCUUUUGCCUUCAGAACUGUCUUAAUCCUUUGUGGCAUCGAUUCACCAAGGUACUUGAAAUAUUAAAUAUUGAAAGAAAUUUUGGUCCAUAUUGACAUGGUAUUGACGUGUUGUGUGAUCAGAGAUGCUCUUCUGAAGACCUUGCUUGUAAUGAGUGCUUGUUUGAGUUACUAUUGCCUUUCUAUUAACUCAAACCAGUUGGUAGGUAGGCUACUACCGCUCACUGGAUAUUUUCUCUUUUUCUGACCAUUCUCUAGAGAUGGUUGUGCUUGAAAAUCCCAGUAGAUCAGCAGUUUCUGAAAUACUCAGACCAGCCUUUCCAGCACCAACAACCAUGCCAUGUUCAAAGUCACUUAACUCACAGUUCCUCCCCAUUCUGAUGCUCGGUUUGAACUGCAGCAUAUCGUCUUGACCAUGUAUAUAUGUCUAAAUGCAUUGAGUUGCUGCCAUGUGAUUGGCUGAUUAGAAAUGUGAGUUAAAGAGCAGUUGGACAGGUGUAUGCCAUAUAUACUAUUUUAUUCAGAUAGAUUUGUUUUUUGUGGUUAUUCUUAACUGUCUGGCUUAGUCCACAUUAAAUCCAAAAUUACAGUGUUUAUUUGCUAACUCACAUUGUAAUUCUUCAGGUAAAUAGUUAAUCUGUGUCAGUUAAUCCACUGAAAAAUACUUUGUUUUGGUAAUCUUAUAUCAAAGUCUGACCAUUUGCUUCCACCCUUGAAGUAGCAAUCCUUGUGUUGAUAUCAAAUUUGAGGGCUUCAAUAGCAACAUUAUAUUAAUAUCCUUAACCACGCCCCUCUUACCGGUAGUUUAUGAGGGAAUGAUGCAUAAUACAAAGCUCCGCCCCCCUAAUCAAUAUUCUGUUUCAGUUGGAAGCACAUCAAAAUACAGAAAAAUAGUGUCUUUGCAACUUCCUGUUCAUGCAGGAUUCAGCAUAUAUAUAUAUAUUGUACUUCAUUUCUAAUUCUACAUAAAAAUAUAUGCAUUUGCACUAUAUGUCCGAAGAAGGUCACAGUUGUUGACAUUAAAUCUCUUCACAUUUAUCUGGCAACAAAAAGUCUUUUUGUUAGACAAUUUUUGUGUGAAACAUCACAGAAAAUUUGUAUUGGGUUGGGUUGUGUAACAAUAAAAUCCUACAUUGCAAAA